UCUCUCACUCUUCCCCACUUUUCACCUUUAAACACUUUCUCUCCCUUUCCCUCUUCCUCUCUCAAAUUCUAGGGUUUUUAUUUAUUUAUUUAAUUUCUCUGAUUUCUCAAUCUCCACGUUUUAAUUUCUUGAAAUCUUUUUGCAUUUCUUUUCGAUGGAAUCGAUUAGAUCGCCCUAUUGGUGCUACAGAUGCAAUCGAUUCAUCCGGAUCCGGGUUCGAUCUCCCCAUGAUUCGCUCAACUGCCCCGACUGUGGCGGAGGAUUCAUCGAAGAAAUUGAAACACCCUCGCGAUCUCCCAUCCACCACCGUUUCCCUGUCGCUGCCAUGUAUUCCGACACGCCAAGCCCUGCGCUCAGCCCAAGCCCCACCGCCACUCCUCAUUUUCGCCGAACUCGUCGGAACGCUGGCGAUCGCUCCCCUUUCAAUCCCGUUGUGGUCCUCCGUGGACCCACCUCCGAAUCCGACGGCAUAGUUACCGAAAGAGGGAACAGAAAUUUCGAGCUUUAUUACGAUGAUGGCUCUGGCUCGGGUCUUCGUCCCUUACCUGCUAGCAUGUCGGAGUUUUUAAUGGGUUCGGGUUUUGAUCGGCUUCUUGAUCAGUUAUCUCAAUUAGAAGCAAACGGAGUUGGCCGUUUUGAGCAACCGCCUGCUUCGAAAGCGGCAAUUGAAUCAAUGCCUGUGAUUAAGAUCCUAGGGAGCCACGUAAGGUCGGAAUCUCACUGUGCAGUCUGUAAGGAGCCUUUCGAGCUGGACUCCGAAGCACGGGAAAUGCCUUGUAAGCAUAUUUACCAUUCGGAUUGCAUUUUACCUUGGCUUUCUAUUCGAAACUCUUGUCCUGUUUGUCGCCAUGAAUUGCCAACAGAAAAUAAUGGAAAUAACUUAGUGGAAAACGAGGCUGUUAGAGAUGAAGAAGCUGUGGGAUUAACCAUAUGGAGGUUACCGGGAGGUGGCUUUGCAGUGGGGAGGUUUACUGGAGGGACGAGAGCAGCGGAGAGGGAGUUUCCACUAGUGUUCACUGAGAUGGAUGGUGGGUUUAAUAAUGCGGGUGCUGCUCCUAGAAGAAUUUCGUGGGCGCCUAGUGGGAGAAGGUCACAAGAGAGUAGAGGUUUAGGGCGUGUUUUUCGGAGUUUUGUUUCUUUCUUUGGGAGGUUUAGGAGUUCGUCACGUUCAGGUUCAGAUUCUGGAUUUACAAGGAGAAGUAGAUCGAGUUCAGUGUUCGGUAGAUCAUCGAGAAGGGAUAGCGACUGGGAUUUCGAGGAUUGAGUGAUGGUCGAAUGUAUCUUUUGUUCAUUUUGAUGUUAGCCUUCCUGUCCCAUUUACUCUGAUACUACAAUAUUGCAGUUUUCCUAAGGAAGGGAAUGUUUGUAGAUUGUAUGAUUUUAAUUGGAUGUAAAUAACAACACUUUUGGUGAAGGAGUGGAGCAUUAGUCGAGUUUAGUUUCUGCCGAAAGAGAAAGAGGCUUUGAUGAGUCAUAAUAUGCAUCAAUGUGGCUGAAGAAGAAGAAGAAGAAGAGAAGGAGAAAGUUUUGUGGCUAGUUUGGCCACUUAGUGGUUGCUGAGGUACUAAUCCUCGCAUAUAAAUUUAUGUUAGGCCGCCUAAAAAUGUUCAAUUAGUAAGUUUUGUCACGAUAAGUUAUGCUGUUCUCUCUUGCUUACAUGUAUUUAUUAUCAGAAAUUUGUUGUUUAUUUUUAGUUCUUAAAUCAAAUUGAGUCCUAUAUGUUGCUUUUAUGGGUUUACUUGACUGGAAGCCAAUCUUCCUGCUACCAUUGGGCUACUUGUUUUAUAUUUUGUUUGAAUUACUUAACCAUGUGGAUUCUUAAAUAUUUUAAAUUUCCAUUCAAUUAUUCAUUAUUGUACAUAAA